AUGCAACGUUUAAAGCACGCUCAAACGUCUACGAACUCGAAAAAGAAGUCAACCACCAGUCUGAUGAAAUCGAACUCAGCCGCCACUCCCGCCCAAUGUCCAAUGCCGGACUGUGAUCAAUCGCUGAUGGCUUCGAACUUCCUGCAGCACUACCUGCGGGACCAUUCGAACCUUAUCUUCAUCGCAAUCGAAGAUCGCGAAACGAUGCUAUUCCAUUUCGAGGAAAGUGCCUUCCCUUUGAACACACCGUACUGUCUCGGUGUGUUGGCUUACGGUGGACGAGCCCCUUGCCGGUCGGAAAAUCGUCCGGUGAUGCGUGGUUACGCGGUGGAAAAUCAAUUCCUUCCCCAACGCCACAAUUCGUUGAAAUAUCAUCUGCCCGUGCUAGUGAUGGGUUGCCGGACGUCACGUUUGGAUGGGCAGGGACAGGGAGAUCACGACGAGGAGAAAAAUGUGUCCAUAGUGUUCUGGUUGCUAACGAUGGGCACAGGUCCCCAGUUGCUGGGCUAUCUGUCCAUCAGUGAUUUGCUGUUGCGCCACCAACGCCGAACCAUGGUGAAGUUGUGUGAAUUGACGAACUCCAGCUCGGAAUUCCCGGGGAUCCUUUGUCCGGGGAAGGAAUGGAACAUGCUGCAGUUGAACCGAAGUGAAAUUGAUCUUCUUUCCCACGACGGUACCUCGUUGAUAAAGUUAGAAGUGAUGAUUGACGGGCCACGUUAA